UGGGUCAGUUUCCCUAUUGCUUUUUGGAUUACUGCUCCGUGUGAUCGCUGGAUUUGGGUAGCUGGAAACUUUUAAAUUUCAGAGUCUUGUAUCUGAAGAAGUACAGAGAUGAAUGGCCGUGCGAUACCGCCUUCUAUACCUGAGGAUGGUGAAGUCUUGGAAUACAUUCAACACGGGGAAACAAACGGUUACCAUGAAAGGUUUCGGGAUGGGGACAGCGGAGAGGCUGAAGUCCCGGUGUCCAAGUCCCAGAGACGGAAGAGUGAUGUCAAAGUAUAUAAGGAGUUUUGCGAUUUUUAUGCACGCUUCAACAUGGCCAAUGCCCUAGCUAACGCCAUGUGUGAGCGCUGCAAGAGUGGCUUUGCUCCGGCGGAGAAAAUAGUCAACAGUAAUGGAGAACUUUACCACGAGCAGUGCUUUGUGUGCGCCCAGUGUUUCCAACAGUUUCCUGAGGGACUCUUCUAUGAGUUUGAAGACCGGAAAUACUGUGAACAUGACUUCCAGAUGCUCUUUGCACCUUGCUGCCACCAGUGUGGUGAGUUCAUCAUAGGCCGUGUUAUCAAGGCUAUGAAUAAUAGCUGGCAUCCCGAAUGCUUCUGCUGUGACAUCUGCCAAGCCGUGCUUGCCGAUGUUGGAUUUGUAAAGAAUGCUGGCAGGCACUUGUGUCGUCCCUGCCACAACAGAGAGAAAGCACGUGGACUUGGCAAGUACAUCUGUCAAAAGUGUCAUGCCAUCAUUGAAGAGCAGCCCCUUCUGUUUAAGAAUGACCCCUACCAUCCUGAUCACUUCAACUGUAACAACUGCGGUAAGGAGUUGACUGCUGAUGCCAGAGAGCUGAAGGGGGAGCUUUACUGUCUGCCCUGUCAUGACAAAAUGGGAGUCCCCAUUUGCGGGGCCUGCAGGAGACCCAUUGAGGGCCGUGUGGUCAAUGCAAUGGGAAAGCAGUGGCAUGUGGAGCAUUUUGUGUGUGCUAAGUGUGAGAAACCCUUCCUGGGACACCGCCACUACGAACGCAAGGGCCUGGCCUACUGUGAAACUCACUACAACCAGCUGUUUGGAGAUGUUUGCUACCACUGCAAUCGUGUUAUAGAAGGAGAUGUGGUGUCAGCCCUCAACAAGGCUUGGUGUGUCAACUGUUUUGCUUGCUCUACUUGCAACGCCAAACUCACCCUUAAGAACAAGUUUGUGGAGUUUGACAUGAAGCCGGUGUGCAAGAAGUGCUAUGAGAAAUUUCCACUGGAGCUGAAGAAGAGACUGAAGAAGCUGUCGGAAACUGUCGCACGGAAGUAAACGCGGUGUUUACGUAAACAUCCAAAUGCCACCAUUGAGUGUUUUUAUAUACAGUAGAACUGCAGAGCGUGGACUGUCAUUUAAUGGGUCAGACUGUCAUUAGAAAAGAACCUUUCACUCAGCUUCCUUUUUACACUGCUAUUUAUCUGGAACGCAUUGCAUUGCCUGGACUGUGUUACUGAUGCUCUAUCAUAUUAAAGAGCAAGCCUAAACUAAAAUGAAGAACAUGUAUUUUUGUUGAAUGCUUAUGUAUCAAUUAUUCACUUUUUGUUAUCACUAUUUUAUGUAUUGUGUGUAUUUUUGACAAUACACUAUACAUCUUGAGUAGAUAUUUUAGUUGCCUUGUUUCUAUAAUAGAUAUCACUUCAUUUUAAGUUUAUUUUGUGGAAUGCAUUGAAUGGCGAAUGUACUGGUGCAGUCUGUUUAAAGUGUGUUUUUACUUUACAUUAUCAAGUUUAUGCACACGAGUCAAACAAUACAUGCCUGAUGUUAACUCAUUAGUUUGGGUCAAAUUCAGUUUUGAAAAAACGAGUAGAAAGCUUCAUCAUGGCCAGCUGUGUUUCAGAGCAACUGUUACGUUACAGUAAAACUUGAUGGAUAGUGGCAUUUGCGUGUGGUGUUAAAACAUGUGUUGCCUCUGUUUGUAAUCCAGGCAAAAUGAUCCUCUUACUCCAACUUCCUCCAGACUCGGAAACAAAGCCGACCGUCCAAACUGCUUAUUGACUAUUGUGGAUUUUGUCAUAAAAAACUAUAUAUCUCCUUUUAUAUAUAAUUUCACAUUCCGUAGCAUUGCAAAAUCAGGAGGCACAUUUUUUCCCUUAAUAUUACACCUGCUGCCACGUCAUUUACUUUUUGUCUAAGUUAAAGGAGAUUAUUACAGCAAUUUAUUUAUAAUGCAGCCAUGUUAACCCUUAAUAAGGCGCUCAUUUAACUCAGUGGCUGCCAUUGACGGUGCUAUAUUUGCAAUCGAAUUUUACAUGCACCUCCCAGUAAUAAUGGAUUGAACGUCUAGCACAGCCAGUGGCACUGAAACAUGAGCAUUCACAGGCAAUCAUCCCAGUUUAAAUGAAUUGGAUGUUAAUUGUAGAACCCAAAUCUUUUGUAGAGUGCUAUUUGGGGGCAUAACCAAGUGUAGUUCUGUUUUUAUUCAUUGUAUUCAUAUGAAUUCUGUUUUUAUUAACAUGUUAAUAAUUGCUAAAUGUAUUUAUUCAUAGCAUUUGAUGUAAAAAAUAAUAUUUCAAAAUACAAUUAAAGAAACAAUAUAAUUAUCAUGGAGAACUGGCAUCCACAUACUGUACUCUGCUGGCCAAAAGUAUUGGCACCCAAUGCAAUUGUGUCAGAUAAUGCUCAGUUUCUCCCAGAAAAUGAUUGCAAUUACAAAUGCUUUGGUAGUAAUGUUUUCAUUUAUGUUGCUUGCAAUUAAAAAAAAAAAAAAGAGAGAAUAAAAAAAAUAAUUUAUCAUUUUACACAAAACUCCAAAAAUGGGUCAGACAAAAGUAUCGGCACCCUUAGAAAAAUCAUGUGAUGCUUCUCUAGUUUGUGUAAUUAACAGCACCUGUUACUUACCUGUGGCACAUAACAGGUGGUGGCAAUAAUGAAGUCACACUUGCAGCCAGUUAAAAUGGAUUAAAAUUGACUCAACCUCUGUCCUGUGUCCUUGUGUGUUCCACAUUGAGCAUGGAGAAAAGAAAGAAGACCAAAUAACUGAGGACUUGAGAAGCAAAAUUGUGAGAAAGCAUGGGCAAUCUCAAGGCUACAAGUCCAUCUCCAAAGACCUGAAUCUUCCUGUGUCUACCGUGCGCAGUGUCAUCGAUAAGUGUAAAGCCCAUGGCACUGUGGCUAACCUCCUUAGAUGUGAACGGAAAAGAAAAAUUGACGAGAUAUCAACGAAAGAUUGUGCGUAUGGUGGAUAAAGGGCCUCAACUAACAUCCAAACAAAUUCAAGCUGUCCUGCAUUCCGGGGGUAUAACAGUGUCAGCCCGUACUAUCCGGCGGCGUCUGAAUGAAAAGGGACUCUGGUAGGAUACUCAUGAAGAUCCCACUUCUGAACCAGAGACAUAAGAAAGCCAGGCUGGAGUUUGCCAUAACUUACCUGAGAAAGCCAAAAACCCUUUGGAAGAAUGUUCUCUGGUCAGAUGCGACAAAAGUAGAGCUUUUGGGGAAAAGGCAUCAACAUAGAGCUUGCAGGGAAAAAAUGAGGCCUUCAAAGAAAAGAACACGGUGCCCGUAGGCCGUAGUCAAACAUGGCGGCGGUUCCCUGAUGUUUUGGGGCUGCUUUGCUGCCUCUGGCACUGGACUGCUUGACCGUGAGCAUGAAAUAACGAGAAAUUUUGCAGCAUAAUGUAGGGCCCAGUGUGAGAAAGCUGGAUCUCCCUCAGAGGUUAUGGGUCUUGAAGCAGGACAAUGACCCAAAACACACUUCAAAAAGCACCAGCAAUGAGUCCAGACCUGGAUCCCAUAGAACACCUGUGGAGAGAUCUGAAAAUGGCAGUUUGGAGAAGGCACCCUUCAAAUCUCAGAGACCUGGAGCAGUUGGCAAAAGAAGAAUGAUCUAAAAUUCCAGCAGAGCAUUGUAAGAAACUCAUUAAUGGGUACCGGAAGCGGUUGUUCGCAGUUAUUUUGUCUAAAGGUUGUGCUAACAAGUAUUAGGCUGAGGGUGCCAAUACUUUUGUCCAGCCCAUUUUUGAAGUUUUGUGUAAAAUGAUAAUGAUUUUUUUUGUGUGUGUCAUUUUCUUUAUGGGUUUUUUUCCCAUUGCAAGCAAAAUAAAUGAAGAUAUUACUACCAAAGCAUUUGUAAUUGCAAUCAUUUUCCGGGAAAAAAUUGAGCAUUAUCUGACAGGAUUGCACUACUUUUGGCCAGCAGACUAGCAGUGUAUGUGGACAUCACAUAUGUGGACGCCGAGUCUUAAGGAUUUUUAAAAAUUUCUAAAUUACCAAAAAUAGUGUCUGGUCUUUGUAAAGGGUUAAAAGAAGGACAGCGGUGACUUUGCAUGUUUUUUUUCAC